CCAUCCGUCUCCAUUAGAAAUCACCUUAACACUCUGACAGACAACUACAAGCCCCCCGAAAGCACAUGAGUUUGAUUUAUUUGGCCGUAAAAACACCCGGAAACGUACCGUGGACGUGGUAACGCCUGUGUGUGGUGAUAACUUGGCUGUGCUUUUUCUCCGUAAUGCUGCCCGGUUUUCUGACUAUUUGUUUUAGAGCGAGUCGGCUGCUUGAGUUUUGAGCCCUGCAGACUUCCUCCUGCUGGAUAAUUUUACUGCUGCUGCUCGCCUCUUGUCUCCAAACCUCGGGAAAAGGGAAGGAGAGUGACAAGUGACUUGCAUCGGCCCCCUCUCCCGUCAAGCUGCAGCAUCGGGGGAAACCGAACCACUGGCCUGAUCUGGGGGGAGCGGUGACCGCCUGUAGCAUGAUGUCCUACCUCAAACAGCCCCCCUACGGCAUGAACGGCCUGGGGCUCAGCGGCGCUGCCAUGGACCUGCUGCACCCCUCGGUGGGCUACCCAGCGACGCCCAGGAAGCAGCGUCGCGAGCGGACAACGUUCACUCGCUCCCAGCUCGACAUCCUGGAGGCUUUGUUCGCCAAAACGCGCUAUCCGGAUAUUUUCAUGCGAGAGGAGGUCGCCCUCAAAAUCAACCUGCCCGAGUCCAGAGUCCAGGUGUGGUUCAAGAACCGAAGGGCCAAGUGCCGCCAGCAGCAGCAGAGCGGCAGCAGUGCCAAAGCCAGGCCAGCCAAGAAGAAGUCUUCCCCGGCCAGGGAGAGUACGGGGUCGGAGAGCAGCGGCCAGUUCACCCCCCCUGCUGUGUCCAGCACGGGCUCCUCCUCAUCCUCGUCCUCCUCCACCAACCACACGGGGCCGGCCGCCCUCAGCAGCACCUCUACCUCCAUCAGCACCGUCUCCUCCAUCUGGAGCCCCGCCAUCUCCCCUGGCAACGCUCCAGCCCCGGCCACAGCCCCGCUACCCGAGCCGGGCCCGCCGUCCAACGCGUCCUGCAUGCAGCGCUCUGUGUCAGGCUCGGCCGCCGCAGCCGCCGCCGCCGCCUCUUACCCCAUGUCCUACAAUCAGACGCCAGGCUACGGCCAGGGCUACCCCACCCCCUCCAGCUCCUACUUCAGCGGGGUAGACUGUGGCUCCUACCUGGCCCCCAUGCACUCCCACCACCACCCCCACCAGCUCAGCCCUAUGACGGCCUCCUCCAUGUCGGGCCACCCGCACCACCACAUCAGCCAGUCGUCCGGCCACCACCACCAUCACCACCACCACCAGGCCUACGGCGGCUCCAGCCUGGCCUUCAACUCCUCCGACUGCCUGGAUUACAAAGAGCAGACUGCAGCCUCCUCUUGGAAGCUCAACUUUAACACCACGGACUGCUUGGACUACAAAGACCAAGCCUCCUGGAGGUUCCAAGUCUUGUGAUCAGGCUUUUUUUUUGUUUGUUUAGUUUUGUUUUUGUUUUUUUGUUUUUGUUUUUUCUUCUUGACUCUCCGCUGCCCUUUCCAGAUUAGUGUAUUGCUUGGUUUUAAAGACAGAAAAAGAGUUUAUGAACCAUAACGUAACAAGAUAUCAGCAGGAACGCUCAGCAAUUGGACUUUUUUUUUUUUCUUUUUUCCCCUCUCACAUCAGCUUAAAAAAAAAAGAAAAGAAAAAAGAGAGAAGCAGUCCCUCAAGUCCCAUGAUCAGAGAACAUGAAAACUUGAUUAGGAGCAGCAGUGGGCCUCUUUGUUUGCUGACAAUGAAGAAUGGUUUUUAAGAUGCCUCUCUUGGAUGAGCUUACGAAGACUAGACUGUUGUUUCAACCAAACUCCUUUCACCACCAGCUUUCUGGCUCUCUGGAUGGGAGGAAUAUUUCCCUCUGGGUGCAUCUACAGGAACUGCCUGCAGUGUCCCUCUUACCUCCAACCCAAUCAAAUCCUGUAUAGUUUUUAUUUCUGAAAUUUGUUAUUUUAGGACGACAGAGAUUUUAGUCAGCUGCGUCAAGGAGCUGAAAUAUGUAAAUAUGUAUUUGGGUCAGUUCCAGUGACCAUGUUUAGUUGGUGUUUCUGAAUUUGAAAUUGUUUAUUACCACUCUGGGGGGGAAAAAAACUGUAUGUAAAUCUUUCCAAAUAUUCCAAAGAGAACAAAUUGGCCAUAAAGUUCCGUUUUUAUAUCCAUUGUUUUACUCAGAUAAAAAAAAAAAAAUAAAAAAUCUUUUGGCAAUUUGAAAUGUCUUGGAAAACCUAACAAG